AUUUUUACAUUCUUCUUUAAGCUUAUUUGUCUGAUUUGCAACUUCUGGUUCUAAUACACGAAUCUUACUUAAAUCAUCGAUAUAAAUUCCAUACUUUGCUAAAGGGUCAGCCAUUUUCUUAAAUAAACAAACGAUUAACUGAUAGUUGCGCUUGCGCGUAUCUAGAACUAGUCUUCGUUUCUUUGUACUAGUCACUCGCCAAAAUGGGAAUACGAUAGGCUAUAUUUUUUUGCCGAGUCGUAAGACACAAAAAAGUAGUGAAAAAAUCGUGUUAUUUAAUAAGAUUUUAAUAUUUAAAAUGAGAUUAAUAAAUGCCACGUAAAAUAUCUUUCUAUUGGUUAUCGUUUAUCGUUGUGUUGGCGCUCAAGCACAACGCUUUGUUCUUUCUCUAUUAAAUUUUAUAUUUAACAUUUAAAAAUCGAUAUACUUUCUCGUCUAAUUAUUUAUUAACAUUGAUAUUUGACGAUCUGAUAUAUUGUCAUUAUUCGUAAUGUCUGGAAAUCACAAAGCGGGAAUUAAAUAUCCUUCGGAAUAUGUCAAGCUCAAUAUCGGCGGUUCCUUACAUUACACUACUUUAGGGACACUCCAAAAACAUGAUACUAUGUUACGUGCUAUGUUUAGUGGUCGCAUGGAAAUUCUUACAGAUCCCGAAGGGUGGAUAUUAAUAGAUAGGUGUGGAAAACAUUUUGGAACAAUCUUAAAUUUUCUAAGAGACGGAUCAGUUCCAUUACCAGAAAGUACAAGAGAAAUGGCAGAAUUACUUGCAGAAGCAAAAUAUUAUUGUAUUACCGAACUAGCUGAAUCUUGUGAACAAGCACUUCUUCGAAAAGAGAGAGAAGCAGAACCUAUUUGUAGAAUUCCACUUAUUACUUCUCAGAAAGAAGAGCAAUUAUUAAUUAGUAGUACUACUAAACCAGUAGUGAAGUUGCUUGUUAAUAGACAUAAUAACAAGUAUUCAUAUACAAGUACAUCAGAUGACAAUCUCUUGAAAAACAUAGAAUUGUUCGACAAAAUGUCCCUUAGAUUUGGUCGUAGAGUGUUAUUUAUUAAAGAUGUAAUUGGCUCCAGUGAAAUUUGCUGUUGGACAUUUUAUGGUCAUGGUCGCAAAGUUGCAGAAGUUUGUUGCCAUUCCAUUGUUUAUACAACUGAUAAAAAACAUACAAAGGUUGAGUUUCCAGAGGCCAGAAUUUAUGAAGAAACAUUAAAUAUUUUGUUAUAUGAACAUCGAAAUGGUCCUGAUCAAGAAUUAAUGCAAGCAACAUCAUCACGUGGUGCAGUCAGUGGUGCACCACCUUGUACAUCAGAUGAAGAAGAGGGAAACUAGUACGUCCCAUCAUACAUGGGGUAACCAUGGUCUACUUAUUAAAUCAACGAAAUUUUUUAUCUGGCCACAUUGUAUAACUAAAUAAUAUUUCUGUUUUACAAUUAUUUAAAAAUAUAUAACAAAAUUUUGUCUUGUAUCCGGGUGAAUUGAUUACCUUUUUAAAUAUUUAAAAUGAUAAAUGAUUUUAUUCAUUAAUUAAAAAUUUAGAAAUAUAUUUAAAUAUUGCUCAAAUAACAAAUAUCUUUUUGUCUACACUUUUAAAAUUCCAUAUAUAUAUAUUUAUCUAUCUUUUUUGUAAAAAUGAAUAUACAAAUGAGUUUGCAGACUUGCCAAAAUUUAUUAAGAAUUAAAUUGUAGUAUCAUAUAUAUGUAUACAAAAAUGAAUGUCAAAUUUUAUCUAUUAGAUAUAAAUGGCCCUGAUAUAUAUGUAAAUAUUAUUAUUCUGUCACGAUAAAAUAAUCAUAGUAUUAUAUUUUAUAUUUUAUGAAAAAUACAUUAAAUUAAAAUUAUAAUAUAAGAUUAGAUUUAGAUAACAUUAAUAAUAAUAAUAAUAAUAUUCAUGUUUCAAAGAAUUAUUUAUGUAUAGUUCUAAUAUAUUAUUUAUAUAUUCUACAUGCAUAUUUACUAGAAAAAGACUGAUUUGUAAAAAUUUUUCUCCAAUUUUUGUUUAAAAGAACAUAUUUACAAAAUGUAAAAAUAUUACAUGUAGUAAUUCUUAUUAAACAUGAUAAAAAAAUAACAAAUAAAAAAUAA